GGGUUUGUUUCUGCAAGGUGUUUUUCACCCACAAAGCUAUAGUGGUCAGGACCCAUUUAACUAUUGAUAAUCCAAAUGUAUUUGAUUUGAAGCACAGGGUCUUUAAUUUCUUGGCCCCCAACAUGGAUUAUGACAUGGAAUAAAAACGAAGGUGUUUUUGAGUGGAGUAGAGGAGAGGAACCCACAGGUGUGUGUUGCUAGGCUCAACUCCCAGUGGGGAAUGGAAGUGAGGUUCAGAGAAGAAGUGGUGAGUAAAAAAGACAAACAGCUUUUAUUGUAUUUUAUGAAAGGCAGGAAAGUACCUGAGGAUUGUGUUGCUUCCUUUUUAAGAAAGUGUGGCUUUUGAUCUUGUCAUGUAGGCUUUAUUGUGUUACCUUUUUACUUUCACUCUCCAAGCUAAUCAUUUCUCUAUCUACUUCCUAUGUCUGAUAGAGUUAACCUUGUUAUGGCUGGCUAGCCUCCCUUAAUAUCAUCAGUCUAGUAGGUAAUAACGUAAUGUAGCAGGCGUAAAAUAAACGCCUCUUUCUGGUCCUGACGAGAGAAAAAAAACUGUCGGGAGGUUCUCUUCUGCACUGUUCAACCAGUCCAGUAAAUGUGAAGGAGGAGUUAAGAUGGAGUGUCACCUUGUGAUGUACAAAAGCAGAAGUUGCAUCACAGGCUCUCUUUCCAUUUCCCCUGAAAACCGGAGGCAUCCGGUUGUUAUUGGCCUCGCUGAGGGUCAGUAGGUAAGGGUUAUUUCUAACAUAGAGCAUCUCCCCUGGAAUAGCCAGGUAGGGGAUGAAUACACUUGGUGGUCAGGGAAAGGCUUGAUUGAUUCUUCAAGGCCAGCACACUGGUUAUAGGGUGGCAUUAACUGGGUCUGCCCUUUCCAAUUCUGUUACACAAAGUGUUCUCCUGUGCUGGUGACCUUUUGGCUGUUAAAGUAUACAUAUACUGUAGUAAUUGUCAAGUGGGAUUAUGCAGGAAGUUGGGCAAAUAUGUGUAGAGUUCUUGAUAAUGACUGCAUCAUGUAACCUAUUAAUAUUAUUUUGGGCACAAGUGAGUUUCAGCAACCAAAGCCAAGAUUGUUGAUUGUCAGAAUCCAAAGCAAAAUACACUAAUGAAUGCUUGUUCACUACCCUUCUUUGUUAAUGAUGUAGUCAUAGAGACAGACAUGUUUUCAGGAAUAGUGUCCCUGACUAGACAGGACAAUGAUAGCAUCAAUGAUAUUUGCAUACUGGCAGUUCCCUCGACCUCUCAACGCGGAUGAAAGGUAUCCCCCGGAGGAUGCAUGUCAACUAUAUCCUCUUUAUUAAUUUAUCUCUAUUACAAUAAUAGACUUAACCCAUGAUCAAAAUGAUCAAAACUAUAUUGCUAUAGUGUCAUUUUUAGAGAUAAACCAACAUGUAAUUUCAUUGACGUUGUGUCUUGACCAGGAGCUUCUAAGAUGGAGUCCUUGCUUAUCAUGAGGUGAUCGAACAGUUGAAGAGCUGUGAAACUGCUGAUAUCUAGUCCUUCAGUCUAACGUUAAUUAGACUGUUGUAAGAAAUAACACUAGGUUAAAUGUUAACCCUUACCCCAAUUCUUUAUCAUAAACAUUCCACCUAUAGCAGAUAUUCCACCUGCUACUCAACCAUUGGUAAAAUGCUAGUGAUUUAUUGAGGAUGCUUGUCCGCCUCAGUGGCUACCUGACCCUGUCAGUCUCACGUUGUUGACCCUUCACUGACCUGUGUGUUUGUCCUGACCCUGUAGGACAGUUAACACAAGGGCAAUUCCAUGUUAACGGAAUUACGCAGAGACUCAGAUUUUUCACUUUAAAAUGUAUACUUAACAAAAACUAUUGAUUUCAAAGUUUAACAAACUAUAAAACUCUAUGCACAAGGACUACUUUUAACAAUUUCCACAGAACAUUUUACAAAAGCACAUUUACAGGAAGAACUGUGCAGAUACACAUUUUAGUAAACUGAGUGAGAUUUUACCAUAAUUCUGUUACCAAACUUGGCAUCUGCACAAUAUUUCCAGUAAAUGUUUUUGUAAUUGAUUUACUGUAUAAAUUGUUCAAAGUAGUCAUUGUGCACAGAGUUGUGUGGUUUCUUAGACUUUGAAAUCAAUGGUUUUUGUUUGGCAUACAUUUUAAAGUGAAAAAUCAGUCUCAGCAUAAUUCCGUUAUCAUCUCAAUGCAACAAUGUCUGUUUGUGUAAUUAAACCUAUGUAUAGUAGUAGGAAAAUUCACUAUAUAUAUAUAUAUAUAUUAUUGAGUCAGACAGAUGGUCAAGCAUACACAGAAUUUCUGAACUGGUUGUAAAUGUCGUCUUCUGUUGACAUUUAAUUUUUGAUGCUGUAAAUGUGUAUUCUGCAGUAGUGUACACUAAAUUUACAACCUACUUUGUCCCAAUACAUUCAUUUGAAUAAACUAUCUGUUGUGUGUGUGUGUGUGUGUGUGUGUGGCAUGGUUUCACACAUCUCUACAAUGCUUCUCUUGUCCUUUAGGGUAGUCCAUUUUGCUGGACCAGUUUAGGCAAUUAGUACUGUAGUAGGAGUAGGAUACUAAUGGAUAUAUGACCUGCAAUGUUGUUUAGUUUUUAAAUGAGAUGGUAUGUGGAAUGUGUUCAGUAUGUUAGUGUGGCACUGUCGUCGGUUCGUGACUGUUUGUAUCUGGAGGCGUGUUCAAUUGGAUGAGGCACGCAAUACAUUGUGUAGCACAGACAUAAUUCUCUAUUCCACAUGACUAGAGAACCAUGGAGAACAAGUAAUCUAGUCAGUGCUAUACAUUGCGUUUCUACCUGCAGUGUUCUGUAACGUUGCACCCCAUUGAACAAUACCCUGGUGUCGUAUGUCACAGCAAGGGGCGGCCUGCUGCGUCUCUCCUCUGGUAGCCCCUCCCCCGUCUCUCCCUCUGUGGCCCCUCGCCCAUACCUGUCAGAGGAAUGGAAUGAGACAGGUGAGAGCAUGCUGCAGUUGACUCAUUUCGACUCCUCUCCUCAGUCUCACAAACAACACUGUGGGGCUUGCCAACUCUCAAUGUAAGGACAUGAAACAACUGCUGCUUCUGUUGUGGUUAAGUUGCUCUGGUUUAUUCAUGUUAUGGUUUGUUGAUGGUAAAUGGAGAAGGUCUGUGCUUUGCGAUUGGUUUUACAUGUUGUAAUAGGUUCGAUGUUGUUUUUCAGAAACCAGAGAUGGAGGAAUUAACGAUAUGGGAGCAGCAUACUAUAACACUAAGCAAAGUAAGUGUCUCUCUUGUUGUUUUGUCUGUCAGCAUUUGAUGAUAUACUUUGAUGUGAACCUAAAACACAACAGAAUGUAGUUACAGACAGUACUUGACAUACUCAAGGUGUACAGAUAGAAAUACUGAACCGUUUCAAUUGGAAUGGACUUCAAAACUAUCCAUUUCAGUGGCUAACUGCGGAAAUGUAGAGUAACAAAGGCAAGCCCUACUCCCUGUAACUCUUGGUACAGGUCAGGUGACACACUUCAGUGCUGAUGGAAUGUGCUCUCUCUCCCUAUCUCACACUCAUACCUCUUUCCUACGUCUCUUGUUCUUUAUCACCCUCUCCUUUUCUCUUGCUUUUUCCAUCUCUCCCUCACCUGCUCUUUCUCUUUCACUUUUCUCUCUCUCUCUCUCCCUCUUUCUCGCCUAUCACCCUCUCUCUCUUGCUAUGGCAGGAUUCCAAGAUUGGGUUUGGCUUUGCGAUAUCAGGGGGAAGAGACAAGCCGAACCCAGACUCGGGGGGCACAGCCGUGAUAGUUUCAGAUGUGGUGCGGAACGGACCCGCUAUGGGACGGCUGUUGUAAGUCGCCAACACCCUACACCCUUCAGGCAUACAGCACAUGCCUCUAAGGGUUUUACUUGAGGGUAUAUACAGUAAACUCACACACACACACACAACCAAACACAUACAAACUUAACAUUGCAUGUCUUUGAUUCUUAGGAGUGCUUGAUUACCUUGUUUUACCUCUCCAACAGCGUCAGAGAUCAGAUCGUCAUGGUCAAUGGAGUGUCCAUGGAGAAUGUCUACUCUACCUUCACCAUUCAGAACCUCAAGUCAUCUGGCAAAACAGCCAACGUAGUGAGUAGCCUUAUGUACUGUACUGUUAAAAAAUUAAUAAAGGUAAUACAUUUUUUUAACCGUCUCUCUCUCUCUCUCUCAGACAGUGAAGCGUCCUCGUAAGAUCCAGCUCCCAGCCAGCACCAGACCGUUGCGUGCCGCCUCUCACUCCAACCUGCUGGACCAAGACCCCCCACGAAGGACCCGACGCUACUCUGAUGGCUCUGACCAGGCCCGCAACGCUGACCGCUACAGCGCCCGUAGCACUACCCCCGAUCGCAACGGGACCGCUCACGCCCUGCCACUCAUGUCGGGGUACAAACGGCUGCCACACCAGGACUUCCCAGACAAGCCAAUCAAAACCACCCUGCUGAAGAAGAAACUCACAGAUGGUAAGGAUGAACAACAUCUGGGUCGUGUUCAUUAGGCCACGCUGUAGCAAAAGGUUUCAAAACGUAAUCACAGAUUGGACAUGAUUGUAUAGACAAGUGAAUUCAAGGCCUCCGUUACAACAAUUUCAUGUUAACUUUCUCUUCCCAUUCCAGAGUAUGGACUGAAGUUGGGAAGCCAGAUCUUCAUCAAACACAUGACUGAGACGGGUCUGGCUGCCAAGGAGGGCACUCUGCAGGAGGGAGACCUCAUUCUCAAGGUCAAUAUGAUAUUUAAUCACAAAACAUUGCAUCUUUGCUUUGUACAUAGAUAUGAUUCUAUACUGGGACCAUAAACCAAAAUACUCUUGAUGACAAAUGUUCUUGGUGUUUUAAUGACGUCAGUUUUCGUCAAUGUCAUUGUAUUAAGCCAAAGGAAGAUUUCUGCAUUCUGUGAACUUUGAAGUUUUUCUACUUCAUUUCCAGAUCAAUGGGAUGACAACAGAGAACCUGUCCCUGCUGGAGACCAAGCACCUGGUGGAGAAGUCCCGGGGGAAGCUGACCAUGAUGGUCCUGAGAGACGACCGCAAGUUCCUGGUCAGUAUCCCCGAGGUGGAUGACAGCGCCCCCAACAGCGAGGAGGACCGCCGCAGCAACAGCAGCUCUGAAAUGGAAGGUGAGAGAGGGAGGGAGGGAGCGAGGGAGAGGGGGAAAGACAGUAGUGACAGUAGUGUAUGAGUGAGAGAAUGUAGCAUCAGCACAGCACCUCAGGACUGGAGGGAGGAGGGUGGAAAGAAGGGAAAACAAGAGGGGGAAGGAGAAAAGUGGUUGAUGAGAGUUGUGAAUGUAGUGUCAGAAGCAGCUCCUGAAAAGCAAAGUAAAAGUUGAUCCAGCUGGUCCAGUAUGUGAUUCCUCAGUGUUUUAAUUGCUUUCCUCUGAUCUCCUCAGAUAUUUCAGACCUGGAUACAGACAUCCCCACUCCUAGAAACAGAGUGUCACGCUCUGCCACUAGAGAACGACGCUCACGCAGGUAACCUCACCUGAAACAUGUUCGUUUUACCUAUUCUGAUCUACUUCUUCUACCUUCUUAUUUAGAUGUCUGUACUUGAUCCAACAUUUUCUUAAGUGACAAGUCUCCUUUUUACCUAUGUAUGACGAGACUUUCUCUGUCCUGUUGCAGAAGAGCUGAGCCGCCUCCGCUAGUAGCGAAGUCUCGUGACCAGUCCCCGGUGCGGUCGACACUGUCCCGGCCUGCUGCUAAAGCCUACCCCUCUCGCCGAGGUCAGUCCAGAGAACAAGGGUCUCUCAACUCCUUCAUAAACAUUGGCCCAUCCCACUCGUGUGUAAUCUGUACCCUGUCGUGCUUGGCUUGAACUGUGUGUUGUUUCUCUCCAGCCCCCUCAGAGUCAGAGUCUGACCGCAGUGCCUCACCCCCUCUUGUCAGGAAGGACAGCCCAGACAUAGCCGACAAAUACAGGUGGAUUCAACCUCAAACCAGACACUGUUGUUUUGAUAUUUUGUUAUCUGUGUUUGUGUGUUUCAUUGAGGUGUGUUUCUCUCUUGCUGUAGAACUCUUUCAGGGAUGUCCAUCCUCCCCAACCCCAAAGCCUCACCUGCCGCCCUCGAAUGGGCCGCCCCACGUCCUUCCCGUCCCUCCUCCUCCGCCUUGCGAACGCGUAAAGGUAAACACACAACAUAGGCUAUAGGGAAAUCUCAUCAAAUGACACAUUCUCGAUGAGUGGAUCAUGAUAAUGAAGAUAAUAACAUGUUCUGUCUCUCUCCUUCCCUGUUUCUCUCUCUGUGCAGUGGUGUCAGAGUCCGACUCGGACCGCAGUGCCUCCCCACCCCCCAGAAGAGGAGAGAGGUCCCGAGUCACAGAGGACCACUCCAGAUACAGAGUGCUCCCUGACCUGCCCCACCCUAGGACACUGAGCGCCUCCCCCAUCACAAUUCGUCAGGAUCCCCCCCGACGGGCCUCCUCUCCUGUCAAAGCCCCACCUUCAGGUCAGUACCCACUACACCCCUUACCUCAACUUCCACAACAGGAACACCUUGACAGAACAUUGUAAGUGCAUUCAAAGGAGGUGGAAAGGGCCACAUAAUUGGAGCAUUACCCCUGCUCUCUCCCCAGACUCUGAGACUGAGUCGGAUGGCAGCUCCGGGCCCCCCCAGAGACAGGGCACCCCCCACAGCCAGGACUCCCGGAGAAGAUACAGGUACUGAUUAGGCCCACCCCACCCUUACCAUCCAACCCCCCCCCCCCCCCCCCCCCAAGCUCCAGCAGGAGCACCCGGACUGGGGCACUGAGCAACCGAUGCAUGCCACCCACCUCCAUCUUCCGCUAGCCAUUCUGUAUUGUGCUAUUAUUGACGUUUUUAUGAUUCUUGAAUUUUUGGUCUGUUAGUCGAAAUUGACUAUUGCGUUGUACCCCCAUAAUUCAUGAUGUACUUGUGCUAACUGUGAGUUUUUUGUUGCCAAUAAAAUAAAACCGACUUCCACUGAGCACAUCCCUCUACUGUAUAUGUGGCUGAAUCUGGCCCUUACAAAGCAAUCAGCAGCAUGAUCAAAAAACAUAGAACGCCUGAUAAUGAAUGAGCAUUAUAUUGGUCUAAAUCGAAAAUGAUCUCAAAUGCAUUUGGAACUAUGCAUGGAUGAGUUAGGGUUAGCAUCCAUGGCAUGGAUAAUAAGUCAAAUGUCAUUUUGAAAUUUUAAGCCACAAUGAUCCUUGUAAUUGUUAACCACCCACUGUGAUCAGCCAGUAGGUUCUUGCUAUGUGAGACAGCUCCCCCAGAAGUCCUGAGGUGAAUAUAUUAGUCUUCUCAUCAUUAUCUAUUUUUAGCCACGGGUCCCCCUCUCCACACGUACAGUUGAAGUCGGAAGUUUGCAUACACCUUAGCCAAAUACAUUUAAACUCAGUUUUUCACAAUUCCUGACAUUUAAUCUUAGUAAAAAUUCCCUGUCUUAGGUCAGUUAGGAUCACCACUUUAUUUUAAGAAUGUGAAAUGUCAGAAUAAUAGUGGAGAGAAUGAUUUAUUUAAGCUUUUAUUUAUUUAAUCACAUUCAGAAGUUUACAUACACUCAAUUAGUAUUUGGUAGCGUUGCCUUUAAAUUGUUUAACUUGGGUCAAACGCUUUGGGUAGCCUUCCACAAGCUUCCCACAAUAAGUUGGGUGAAUUUUGGCCCAUUCCUCCUGACAGAGCUGGAGUCAGGUUUGUAGGCCUCCUUGCUCGCACACGCAUUUUCAGUUCUGCCCACACAUUUUCUAUAGGAUUGAGGUCAGGGCUUUGUGAUGGCCACUCCAAUACCUUGACUUUGUUGUCCUUAAGCCAUUUUGCCACAACUUUGGAAGUAUGCUUGGGGUCAUUGUCCGUUUGGAAGCCCCAUUUGCGACCAAGCUUUAACUUCCUGACUGAUGUCUUGAGAUGUUGCUUCAAUAUAUCCACAUAAUUUUCCUUCCUCAUGAUGCCAUCUAUUUUGUGAAGUGCACCAGUCCCUCCUGCAGCAAAGCACCCCCACAGCAUGAUGCUGCCACAACUUCACGGUUGGGAUGAUGUUGUUCGGCUUGCAAGCAACCCCCUUUUUCCUCCAAACAUGACGAUGGUCAUUAUGGCCAAACAGUUAUAUUUUUGUUUCAUCAGACCAGAGGACAUUUCUCCAAAAAGUACGAUCUUUGUCCCCAUGUGCAGUUGCAAACCGUACUCUGGCUUUUUUUAUGGUAGUUUUGGAGCAGUGGCUUCUUCCUUGCUGAGCGGCCUUUCAGGUUUUGUCGAUAUAGGACUCGUUUUACUGUGGCUAUAGAUACUUUUGUACCUGUUUCCUCCAGCAUCUUCACAAGGUCCUUUGCUGUUGUUCUGGGAUUGAUUUGCACUUUUCGCACCAAAGUACGUUCAUUUCUAUGAGACAGAACGCGUCUCCUUCCUGAGCGGUAUGAUGGUUGCGUGGUCCCAUGGUGUUUAUACUUGCGUACUAUUGUUUGUACAGAUGAACGCGGUACCUUCAGGCGUUUGGAAAUUGCUCCCAAGGAUGAACCAGACUUGUGGAGGUCUACAAUUUUUUUUCUGAGGUCUUGGCUGAUUUCUUUUGAUUUUCCCAUGAUGUCAAGAAAAUAGGCACUGAGUUUGAAGGUAGGUCUUGAAAUACAUCCACAGGCACCCCUCCAAUUGACUCAAGUGAUGUCAAUUAGCCUAUCUGAAGCUUCUAAAGCCAUGACAUCAUCUUCUGUAAUUUUCCAAGCUGUUUAAAGGCACCGUCAACUUCUGACCCACUGGAAUUGUGAUUAAGUGAAAUAAUCUGUCUGUAAACAAUUGUUGGAACAAUUACUUGUGUCAUGCACAAAGUAGAUGUCCUAACCGACUUGCCAAAACUAUAGUUUGUUAACAAGAAAUUUGUGGAGUGGUUGAAAAACAAGUUUUAAUGACUCCAACCUAAAUGUAUGUAAACUUCCGACUUCAACUGUAACUGAGUUAUAUUGUCUUCCUCCUCCCUCACUCCCAACUUCCCUCUUCUAUUCCAGAGCCACUCCCUUGGUAGCUGUGGCGCCCCAAGUGGAGCCCCCCAAGUGGAAGGCCCCCAGUGUCACAAUGAGCAACCCUGCUAAAGGUGCACUGUGUGCAUAUUGACAAUUACUUAUGUGUAACUUAUGCCUAUAUUAUUGCUCAUGUUUGGUAUGUUUGUGAUUUGUUUGUGUUUACCUAUUUGUGUGUGUGUCUGGCCAUGUCCCCAGGGCGCUCAGGAUCAGAGUCGGAGGCAAGUUAUGCAUCCGUACCUCGACGGGACUCUGCAGACAGUGGCGGCUCCAGUUCCCGGAGAUCCAAGAACAGUUACAGGUAAGGCUGACAGACAAACACACCACCCCUUUAACAGGACAAUGUGAUGAGACUGACCAAUAUAAUACUGCGAUUCGUAAACUUAGUUGAGUGCAAAAUGGCAAGCUACAGACAUUGAUACAAAUACAUGUUGAUUAAGAACUGUUUCAAUAACUGACUGCUUCAGAGCACAAGAUGCUCUGAGGAUGAAGCCAGGAUGCUAGACUGGUUAGUCUAUUUGGACAAGGAACUGGUUGAACACUGACACAUUAACAUACAGUUGAAGUUUACACACAACUUAGCCAAAUACAUUUAAACUCAGUUUUUCACAAUUCCUGACAUUUAAUCUUAGUAAAAAUUCCCUGUCUUAGGUCAGUUAGGAUCACCACUUUAUUUUAAGAAUGUGAAAUGUCAGAAUAAUAGCAGAGUGAUUUUAUUUCAGCUUUUAUUUAUUUCAAUACAUUCCCAGUGGGUCAGAAGUUUACAUACACACAAUUAGUAUUUGGUAGCAUUUACUUUAAAUUGUUUAACUUGGGUCAAACGUUUUGGGUAGCCUUCAACAAGCUUCCCACAAUAAGUUGGGUGAAUUUUGGCCCAUUCCUCUUGACAGAGCUGGUGUAACUGAGUCAGGUUUUACUUUUUUCCCCCACCUUUAUUUAACCAGGUAAGCCAGUUGAGAACAAGUUCUCAUUUACAACUGCGAUCUGGCCAAGAUAAAGAAAAGCAGUGCGAUUAAAAACAACAAACACAGAUUUACAUAUGGGGUAAACAAAACGUACAGUCAAUAACACAAUAGAAAAUAUAUAUACAGUGUGUGCAAAUGUAGUAAGUUAUGGAGGUAAGGCAAUAAAUAGGCCAUAGUGCAAAAUAAUUACAAUUUAGUAUUAACACUGGAGUGAUAGAUGUGCAGAAGAUGAUGUGCAAAUAGAGAUAUUGGGGUGCAAAUGAGCAAAAUAAAUAACAAUGUAAAUAACAAUAUGGGGAUGAGGUAGUUGGGUGGGCUAAUUACAGAUGGGCUGUAUACAGGUGUAGUGAUCGGUUUUGGGGAUGACCAGUGAGAUAUACCUGCUGGAACGCAUACUACGGGUGGCUGUUGCUAUGGUGACCAAUGAGCUAAGAUAAGGCAGGGAUUUGCCUAGAAGAGAUUUAUAGAUGACCUGGAGCCAGUGGGUUUGGCAACGAAUAUGUAGUGAUGGCCAGCCAACGAGAGCGUACAGGUCACAAUGGUGGGUAGUAUAUGGGGCUUUGGUGACAAAACGGAUGGCACUGUGAUAGACUACAUCCAAUUUGCUGAGUAGAGAGUUGGAAGCUAUUUUGUAAAUGACAUCGCCAAAGUCAAGGAUCGGUAGGAUAGUCAGUUUUACGAGGGCAUGUUUAGCAGCAUGAGUGAAGGAGGCUUUGUUGCGAAAUAGGAAGCCGAUUCUAGAUUUUACUUUAGAUUGGAGAUGCUUAAUGUGAGUCUGGAAGGAGAGUUUACGGUCUAACCAGACACCUAGGUAUUUGUAGUUGUCCACAUAUUCUAAGUCAGACCCGCCUAAAGUAGUGAUUCUAGUCGGGCGGGCGGGUGCAAGCAGCGUUCGAUUGAAGAGCAUGCAUUUAGUUUUACUAGCCUUUAAGAGCAGUUGGAGGCCACGGAAGGUGUGUUGUAUGGCAUUGAAGCUCGUUUGGAGGUUUGUUAACACAGUGUCCAAUGAAGGGCCAGAUGUAUACAAAAUGGUGUCGUCUGCAUAGAGGUGGAUCUGGGAGUCACCAGCAGCAAGAGCGACAUCAUUGAUAUACACAGAGAAUAGAGUCGUCCCGAGAAUUGAACCCUGUGGUACCCCCAUAGAGACUGCCAGAGGUCCAGACAACAGGCCCUCCGAUUUGACACAUUGAACUCUAUCUGAGAAGUAGUUGGUGAACCAGGCGAGGCAGUCAUUUGAGAAACCAAGGCUAUUUAGUCUGCCAAUGAGAAUGUGGUGAUUGUCAGAGUCAAAAGCCUUGGCCAGGUCAAUAAAGACGGCUGCACAGUACUGUCUUUUAUCGAUUGCGGUUAUUAUAUCGUUUAGGACCUUGAGCGUGGCUGAGGUGCACCCAUGACCAGCUCGGAAACCAGAUUGCAUAGCGGAGAAGGUACGGUGGGAUUCGAAAUGGUCGGUGAUCUGUUUGUUAACUUGGCUUUCAAAUACUUUCGAAGGGCAGGAUGGAUAUAGGUCUGUAACAGUUUGGAUCUAGAGUGUCACCCCCUUUGAAGAGGGGGAUGACCGCGGCAGCUUUCCAAUCUCUGGGGAUCUCAGACGAUACGAAAGAGAGGUUGAACAGCCUAGUAAUAGGGGUUACGACAAAUUCACUGCAAGUUGCAGUGGAGGGUGCAGAGCUGGUGGUCGUGGUAGGGGUAGCCAGGUGGAAAGCAUGGCCAGCCGUAGCAAAAUGCUUAUUGAAAUUCUCGAUUAUCGUAGAUUUAUCGGUGGUGACAGUGUUUCCUAGCCUCAGUGCAGUGGGUAGCUGGGAGGAGGUGCUCUUAUUCUCCAUGGACUUUACAGUGUCCCAAAACUUUUGGAGUUAGUGCUACAGGAUGCAAAUUAGAAAGGCCUGCUCGCUGAAGGGAGCGUUUGACAGUGAUGAGGGGUGGUCGUUUGACCGCGGACCCAUUACGGACGCAGGCAAUGAGGCAGUGAUCGCUGAGAUCCUGGUUGAAGACAGCGGAGGUGUAUUUAGAGGGUAAUUAGUCAGGAUGAUAUCUAUGAGGGUGCCCAUGUUUACGGAUUUAGGGUUGUAACUGGUAGGUUCCUUGAUAAUUUGUGUGAGAUUGAGGGCAUCUAGUUUAGAUUGUAGGAUGGCCGGGGUGUUAAGCAUAUCCCAGUUUAGGUCACCAAGCAGUACGAACUCUGAGGAUACAUUUACAUUUACAUUUUAGUCAUUUAUCAGACGCUCUUAUCCAGAGCGACUUACAGUUAGUGAAUACAUAUUUUUUUUUGUACUGGCCCCCCGUGGGAAUCAUACCCACAACCCUGGCGUUGCAAACGCCAUGCUCUAUCAACUGAGCUACAUCCCUGCCGGCCAUUCCCUCCCCUACCCUGGACGACGCUGGGCCAAUUGUGCGCCGCCCAUGAGUCUCCCGGUCGCGGCCGGCUGCGACAGAGCCUGGAUUCGAACCAGGAUCUCUAGUGGCACAGUUAGCACUGCGAUGCAGUGCCUUAGACCACUGCGCCACUCAGGAGUACAAUGGGGGCAAGCAAUUCACAUAUGGUAUCCAGGGCACAACUGGGGGCUGAGGGGGGGUCUGAAGCAAGCGGCAACAGUGAGAGACUUAUUUCUGGAAAGGUGGAUUUUUAGAAGUAGAUGCUCAAACUGUUUGGGCACAGACCUGGAUAGUAUGAUAGAGCUCUGCAGGCUCUAUCUCCGCACCCUUUGGCAGUUCUAUCUAAACAGAAAAUGUUGUAAUUCGGGAUGGACAUUUCUGAAUUUUUGGUGGCCUUCCUAAGCCAGGAUUCAGACACUGCUAGAACAUCAGUGUUGGCAGAGUGUGCUAACGCAAUGAAUAACUCAAACUUGGGGAGGAGGCUUCUGAUGUUGACAUGCAAGAAUCCAAGGCUUUUACGGUUACAGAAGUCAACAAAUGAUAGCGCCUGGGGAGUAGGAGUGAUACUGGGGGCUACAGGGCCUGGGUUAACCUCUACAUCACCAUAGGAACAGAGAAGGAAUAGAAUAAGGAUACGGCUAAAGGCUUUAAGAACUGGUCUUCUAGUGCGUUGGGUACAUAGAAUAAAAGGGGCAGAUUUCCGGGCGUUGUAGAAUAGAUUCAGGGCAUUAUGUACAGACAAGGAUAUGGAAGGAUAUGAGUACAGUGGAGGUACACCUAAGCAUUGGGUAACGAUGAAAGACGAAGCAUCACUGGAGGUACCGAUUGAGUCGGUCUCCGCGUGUAUGGGGGAUGGGACAAAGGAGCUCUCUGAGGCUGGUUGAGCGGGACUGGAGGUUCUACAGUGAAAUAGUACAAUAAGAACUAGCCCAAACAGCAAUAGGCUAGGCAUAUUGACAUGGGAGAGAGGCAUAACGCAAUCACAGGUGUUAUUCGAGAGGGCUAAGACAACAACUGGUAAUGGCGUCGAAAGUUUGGGCUGAGGCUAAACAGAUAAACAGGAUGGGGUACCGUGUAAAGGAACAGUCCAGCAGGCAUCAGCUGUGUAGCUGAGUGAUCAUAAGGUCCAGUGAACAGCAAUAGCUAAGUCCAGGAGCAGUUUGUAGGCUUCUACAGCACAGGCGAGCAGGAGGCACGGCUGUUGAUUGCGGGCUGGUGUGCUAGCGGGCCGGUGCUAGCAGAUGGACCUUUGUGGUCGUCACAACGGGAAGCCUGUUGAAACCACAUCAGACGAUUACGUCGGUAGACCAGUCGUGAUGGAUCGGCGGGGCUCCGUGUCGACACUAGGAAGUCCCGUCCGGUUGACAGAGAGGUAGAUAGCCGUGAGAUGGGCCUGGCUCGAGGCUAGCUCAAGGCUAACUGGUGCAUCGGGACAGUGGUGAAUUAGCCAACAACAGCCAUUCGGUUGCAGCUAGCUAGUUGCGAUGAUCCGGUGUUAAGGUCCAGUGAUUCAGUGAUUCCGGCAGAAAAUCCAAAAUGCUCUGGAUCGAUAGCACGCUGUGCAGACCGAUAAUUGUCCAGGCUGGUAGGUAAUGCAGGCCACAGACAGUGGUGAAGACCGCUAGCGGUGGCUAAUAGCAAGUAGCUAGUUAGCUGGCUAGUUUCAGCCGUAGGUUCUUGAUAAAAAUAAAGAAAUAAUAGAAUCUGUUCCACAUUGGGUGAGGCAGGUUGCAGGAAAGUAUAUUUGGUUAAAGGAAGGGAAGUGAGAUAGAGAAAUAUAUACGGGGAAAAAACAAACAGGCUAUUUACACGAGGACACAACAUAAUACACAACCACAUUACUACGCCAUCUUGGAUUCAUUGUAGGCCUCCUUGCUCGCACACGAUUUUUCAGUUCUGCCCACACAUUUUCUAUAGGAUUGAGGUCAGGGCUUUGUGAUGGCCACUCCAAUACCUUGACUUUGUUGUCCUUAAGCCAUUUUGCCACAACUUUGGAAGUAUGCUUGGACCCAUUUGCGACCAAACUUUAACUUCCUGACUGAUGUCUUGAGAUGUUGCUUCAAUAUAUCCACAUAAUUUUACUUCUUCAUGAUGCCAUCUAUUUUGUGAAGUGCACCAGUCCCUCCUGCAGCAAAGCACCCCCACAGCAUGAUACUGCCACCCCCGUGCUUCACGGUUGGGAUGGUGUUCUUCGGCUUGCAAGCCUCCCCUUUUUCCUCCAAACAUAACGAUGGUCAUUAUGGCCAAACAGUUCUAUUUCUGUUUCAUCAGACCAGAGGACAUUUCUCCAAAAAGUACGAUAUUUGUCCCCAUGUGCAGUUGCAAACCGUAGUCUUGCUUUUUUAUGGUGGUUUUGGAGCAGUGGCUUCUUCCUUGCUGAGCGGCCUUUCAGGUUAUGUCGAUAUAGGACUCGUUUUACUGUGCAUAUAGAUACUUUUGUACCUGUUUCCUCCAGCAUCUUCACAAGGUCCUUUGCUGUUGUUCUGGGAUUGAUUUGCACUUUUCGCACCAAAGUACGUUCAUCUCUAGGAGACAGAACGUGUCUCCUUCCUGAGCGGUAUAACGGCUGCGUGGUCCCAUGGUGUUUAUAGUUGCAUACUGUUGUUUGUACAGAUGAACGUGGUACCUUCAGGCGUUUGGAAAUUGCUCCCAAGGAUGAACCAGACUUGUGGAGGUCUACAAUGUUUUUUUCUGAGGUCUUGGCUGAUUUCUUUUGAUUUUCCCAUGAUGUCAAGUAAAGAGGCACUGAGUUUGAAGGUAGGCCUUGAAAUACAUCCACAGGUACACCUCCAAUUGACUCAAAUGAUGUCAAUUAGCCUAUCAGAAGCUUCUAAAGCCAUGACAUCAUUUUCUGGAAUUUUCCAAGCUGUUUAAAGGCACAGUCAACUUAGUGUAUGUAAACUUCUGACCCACUGGAAUUUACAUUUACAUUUACAUCAUUUAGCAGACGCUCUUAUCCAGAGCGACUUACAAAUUGAUAGGAGAGACCAUGUGAGGAUAUGGCAGAGCCAAGUGACUUGGUGUAUAGAGAGAAUAGGAGAGGGCCUAGAACUGAGCCCUGGGGGACACAGUGAAUUAUAAGUGAAAUAAUCUGUCUGUAAACAAUUGUUGGAAAAAUUACUUGUCAUGCACAAAGUAGAUGUCCUAACCGACUUGCCAAAACUAUAGUUUGUUAACAAGACAUUUGUGGAGUGGUUGAAAAACAAGUUUUAAUGACUCCAACCAACCUAAGUGUAUGUAAACUUCCGACUUCAACUGUACAUAGUUCUACAUGCUAAGAUCACACGCUGUUUGAAGUCGAUCAAUGUCACAGUCUUGAUAACACCUUUCAUUCCAAUUAGCUAUUAUUUAACUAUAGGAUUUCUAUAGUAGUUGACAAGUUAAGGGCAUUGUAUUGAGAGUAAUUUUUUUCUCUCUCUCUCACUCUCUCAGAGCUCUGCCUGAGAUGCGGUCUUCUCCAGCUCCAGUAGUGAGACAGGACCCCCCUCGACGAGGCAUGACCCCCACCAGACCAGUCUCUGGUCAGUGUCCCUCCUAUGAAAGAUGAGCACAGUCUAGUAAGAUGGAACUUGGGGCUUGGAAGUCUGUAUCCUCAUCCUCUGUGUUUUUGUUUUCUUCAGAUUCCUCUGAGUCGGAUCGUGCACCCUCACCUCCUAGGAGGUCUGGGAGUACCGAUGUGGAGAGCAACCACAGGUAAAACACUAGUUUACAGUAUCUUCUAGAAAGCACUAUAGACAACCAGGUAAAGAACGGACAGUUUAAUAAACCACCAUAAGCAAAAGGAAUGCACACCUCCAAGAAAGGUUCUCUGUGACAAAGGUCAUGUCACUAUUCAAGUCAAUCUGAUCACAAGUGUGUGUACACUUCCACCUCUAACUCACUUAUUGUGGAAAUGUCAGUGAAUGGUAUCUCUUCUCUUGUAGUAUUCCACGCAAAGCCAAUGGCUUUGGGAUAUCAGUGAAGAGCAACCCUCCAGUCUACUGUAAGUACCAACUCUCUUAUAUCAGCUCUCCAAUGUCCUCAUUAUAACGUAUUAGUAACUCUGUGAAUGGAAGGUCUUAACUGUUAUUUCCAUUUCAGCCAAGAAAGAGGAACCCAUCUACUCCUUACCCCCAGACUCCAUCCCCACGCCUAACUUGGGGUAAGUUGAUUUAUUUAUACCCAUUUAGCCUUAGAAAAAAUGUAAAAUAGAACAAAUGUACAACCCAUUCACAAUGCAGACCACCAUAAGUUAUUUAUUUGUUAGGUAUCCUAUAGUCUAUUGAAUAUGACUGGACAAUGCUCCUUUUGAUCUUUACUAUCUUCUCUCAGAUACAGCUCCGAUCUGAACACUGUGUCGUUUGUGAAGGAGGGCAGCGUAGGCCUGAGGCUGGUGGGGGGUAAUGACGUGGGCAUCUUUGUUGGGGGGGUUCAGCCCAACAGUCCUGCCCAUGAGCAAGGCAUGAAGGAGGGGGACCAGAUAAUGAAGGUGAGAUUCACUGAUCACUGUAGCAGUCACAUGGUGUGCAGGCUUUUGUUCCAGCCCAGCACUAACACAGCUGAUUCAACUAAGAUAUUGAUCGAGUUGAUUCUGUUUUUUUUUAGGCUGUGCUUAAGCAAAAGCCUGUGCACACUGUAGCUCUCUGGGACAAGUGUUAAUGACCACUUAAGUGCUGAUUUACAGUAUAUACAGUACAUGUAUAUGCAACACUCACCCACUUAUGGGCUAUGGUCUUGUUGUAGGUGAAUGGGGUGGACUUUGGUCAUUUCAACCGUGAGGAAGCUGCUAUGUUCCUGAUCAACAUAAAGAGAGGGGAGCCGGUCGACAUCCGUACUCAGAACAAGAUGGACAGUGAGUAAAACAUCCUUGGAGACUGAAGCAGGUGCAGGGGGGGAAGAAUUGUGGUUGAUUUCAGAGGACUUGCCCGUAUGACAUAGUUUCUAUGUAAUUACUUUGGUAAUAACUCUACCCGGUAAUAACUCUACCCAGUAACAAAUAAGGUAAAUACAAAUGAUUAAAUGAUUCCUAAAUGACUGAGUUAUUCUUCCUCUCUUGUCAGUAUACAAGAAGAUACUGAAGUCCAACUUGGGGGACUCGUUCUACAUCCGGACCCACUUUGACAAUGAGGCAGAGGGCAACAUCAGCCUAGCCUUCACCAGGGGAGAGGUGUUCAGGGUGGUGGACACCAUGCACAAGGGCAAGCUGGGGAAGUGGCUGGCUAUACGCAUGGGCAACGACCUGCACGAGCUGGACAAGGGCACCAUCCCCAACCAGGCCGGGUGAGUUGAGACUAGAGUGAUUGAUUGAAUUGCUGAUUAAAUGAUUGGUUGGAUUUGGAUGUAAAAAGACAAACGUAAAAAGGUACAUUAGGUUACAAAGGAUGACAUCUGAUUGCAACGUAUUUUCAAUUUGUACACUUAUGCUGCGUUUACACAGGCAGCCCAAUUCUGAUCCUUUGGCCAAUUAUUGGCAAACGAGCUGAUCUGAUUGGUCAAAAGAAAAAAAAAGACCAGAAUCGGGCUGCCAAUGUAAACGCAGCCUCAUACUGUCGUUAGGGUAGCAUUCAUUCUACAAUAAUUCUAUUACAGCAUUAUUUACCUGCCAUUAUCUACCUCUCUCUCUCCCAGGGCUGAGACACUGGCCUGUCUGGAGCAGGCUCAAAGGGCCAGUGGAGGAGGAGGGGAUCGCCAGGUCUCAGGGCCCAGGGCAGAGUUCUGGAAACUACGGGGGCUCAGAGGGGCCAAGAAGAACGUCCGCCGGACCCGCGACGACCUACUCCAGCUCACUAUCCAGGGCAAAUUCCCAGCGUACGAGAGAGUUCUGCUCAGGGAAGGUAGGGAGAGUUUUAUAUUACAUAAUAGUUCACAUAAUAGUCAAACACUUUAAACGUUUGUGUACUAAACAUUUUGUAUUGUGAAUCAAUGCAUGUACUUGGACCCUUGUGUAUCUCCAGCUAAUUUCAAACGGCCAAUCGUCAUCUUGGGUCCUCUGAAUGAUGUGGCCAUGGAGAAGCUGGCCAGAGAGAUGCCUGAUGAAUAUGAGAUGGCAGAGAUGGUUCCUCGUAGUAGUGGAGCAGACACCGCUUCCACGGUCAUCAAGCUGGACACAGUCCGAAGGAUUGCAGAGAAGGUGAUGAAACAAACUGGGAUGAUGUGACCUGUUUUGGUGUGAGACAUAGAUGUACAACUGUAUGCUUGUUUGAAUCCAGGACCAGAAUGGCAGACAUGCAUAAAGAUGGCGGCUCCCAUGUACUUACCACAAAUGCCUCAUUUAACUUGAUCCCAAUUCUAGCUCCAAGACGGCGUCAAUUUGGGAGAAAAAGAAAGUAGAUUGUGCUGAUUUAUUGGAACAUUGAACCAUGUCGUGCGCCGUAGAUAUUUCUAAAACAAUGACGUCAUAUCUGAAUUCCUCCAUCUUUAUGCACCUUCGCCAUUGAAGAACACUGCCUUAUUGUAUGUUUCUUCAUGCUCUGUUUCCAGAACAAGCACCCUCUGCUGGACAUUACUCCUACUGCAGUGGAGCGUCUGAACUACAUCCAGUACCACCCCAUGGUGCUGUUCCUGGACCCACACAGCAGGAAGGAUGUCAAGGCCAUGAGGCAGAAGAUGUGCCCCAACUCCAACAAGAGCUCCAGACGUCUCUACGCGCAGGCCCUCAAGAUGAGGAAGCACUGCGGCCAUCUGUUCGCAGGUAAACGCACACACACAACUGUGUUAUCGAAACACAUACAUGUUGUUUUUGUUCUUAAGUGUUUAUCUGUUCAAAAAUGUCAAGUGGUUCUAUAGUUUUAUUCAUAACUGACUAUGUCCCAUCGUUCCCAUACUUCCCAGCUCGUAUUGCCCUCCAGCCCAGCUCGAAUGUGUGGUAUGAGGCUCUGAAAGACAAGAUCAGACACCAGCAGGCCAAACCUGUCUGGGUCUCAGAAGUCACGGUAAGACAGACAGAUCCCAGCUCAUAGUCAAACUGGGAAUUUGCUCUCAAUGAAUUACCUGGCAGAAUAAAGACUAAAUAAGUAAAUACAUGUCUGUGUGUUUAGUUGGAGGGAGGCGGAGAGGAGGAGCUGGAUGCGUUGGACCGGACCCACUCUGACUACCUGAGUGCUGCCAGUGAUCUGGAGGACACGGAUGGAGAGGCGUUUACAGACGGAGAGAUCUACACCGACAAUGAGGACCUGGAGGAACCAUUUGACUCCAGCAACCAGCCCCAUAUGUCCAGGCCCACCGCUCUAGCCCGCUCCUCAGAGCCUGCCUCUGAGUACCACAGCCCCGACCCGUCCCCCGAGCCUAUGGGAGAGGUCCCACCCCUGAUGCAUGUGCCUGAGCCCAGGUCAACCCGUCGUCCAUCUGACAGCUCUUCUCACAUUGUCGUCGCUGAUGACGCCCCAUCCUAUCAUAGCUUCUCAGAUUCGGACUUCAGCGCCAUUGACCCGGCUGUUCCGACCACCCACUCUGACGCACACCCUGACUUCAUAGCCCCUGACCCCAGAAUCUCUGUCCCUGAGCCCCCAUCAGCCGAGCUGCUGCCAGAUAGCCCCCCAGCUGUCACACUGUCAGUCAUAGAGAAGAAACUCCAACAGGUACUGAUGGGACUGUCACAGUCCAUCAUAUCACUAAACUCUUACAGAUCCUCCAUAAGCUCUUAUUUUACUUCCAAAGGCUCAAAUACUCUGUUAACUUGUGUCUCCAGUGAUUUUGACCCAUGACUUCUUUCCCUCUUUCAGACCCAUAUGGCAGAACCUCAGGAGAGGAAAGCUUCCCCAUCAUUCAUUGUGUAAGUGAAGUAGGCCUAUAUCUGAUAAUAUUAAUGUGUGACGCUAUUUGUUUAGUUGCAUAAUCAUCAAAAUCCCUGUCUAUAAACCAACCUUAGCAACUGGAAAGUGAGAAACUACGCCAGUCCUAGUCCAAAUUGUUCUAUCCAAGUUGAGUAAGACUGAAGUGACAGUACAUUAUGCUUCUUUCUCUUCUAUCUCCUCAUAGGUUGGCUCACCACCAGGCUGUCCAGACGAGACGCACUCAGAUCCAAGGCAGUGACAGCUCUGAUGACAACGACGAGACUGAGGACUUCGAGUGGGGUCCAGCUACAGAACUUUAGAUUAGAAUACACAGUUCCAGGACUACAAAACAAGAAUGCUGGAGCACACCAUUCCAGAACUACAACUCUAAGGCACAAAGUUCCAGAACUGCAGAACUACAAUUCUAGCCCACACAGUUCCAGAGCACAGACAUUGCCUCUUAAAUGGGAGAUGUGAAAUGCUAGCAACAUCAGCCUUCUAGGAUAACUUUUUUUUCUGUUGGAAUAACAUUUUAUUUGGAGAGGUAGGUUGGAGGGCCACUGUCAGGGCUGCCUUUAGACAUGGGAAUUCAGGCAAUGGCAAACCAGGUCUCACACCUUUCUAAAUUCCUAAUUCCAAGAGAGGAAGUAGUUUCAUUUUGCUGGAAAUUCUAAUAAAAACCUCAGGGUUUGGUAUUUAUACAACAUGCAGUAAAGAAAAAUUGUAUUUGUAUUGCAUACCUUUUUUAAUAAAUUAACCAACACCGGCCAUUUUGAUGUCAAGGAUGUCAUUUAAACUAAAAGCUGGAAUCCUUAAUUGAAACAAUAACAAAGCAGUCACACCGCCUGCGUUUUGGUAAAAAGCUGAGGGAUGUGCCUGGAGAAAUGUAACCAAUUCUCAAAUUCAAAGCGAGAGCUAUGUAUGCAAGGACUGACCAUCCAUGAUAUCAGAAUUAUAGUUUUAACCCUGUUUUGAGGCUACACAGUGUUUGUUUACA